ACCAUCGAUUUGUGCGUAGUCUGAAGGAUGACAACCGAGACCUAUUUGGACUUGACGUACGAGAGAGGCAAGGGGUCAAAGCGUUCAUUGAGACCAAAGCUCUUAAAAUUGACAGAUGUGACGAUACCACACCGCAGUCGGAAGAAGAACAAAGUCAAGACAAAGGAUCGCUCAUCCACCUCGGUGCGCGAGCGGAUUUACGAUGAUCCGGCCUAUACUGAGGACAUAAGCCACUUGGCGAACCCCAUGCGCCGCAGCAGCAUCUCCGGCAAGCCGCUACCAGAGCACAAGUCGCGGUCUGAUGCCUCAUCCAGCAGUCUGUUGCCCAGGCACCAGCUCACCAAGGAGCUGCACCAGUAUGUGACGGGGAAACAGGACAAAAUCAAGGGUCCCCAGUCGGGCACAGCAGCGUCCGGUAGCGCAGCCGCCAGUUUGAACUACGAAUGUGAUUCGAGCAGCACUGACAAUGAGCCCCUUGACCCCAUCAAGGGUAGCAACAUGACCCGCCGAGUGCGAAGUCUGGAACGCAGUCUGGCCAUCACGACAGCAGAAAGAGCACCGUACGAGAAGAAGGUAGCUCAGAAGCGCAGCUCCAAGCAGAAGAGGAACCUCAGCCUCGACAACAGUCGCCAUCUGGCCGCAGUCCAUCCCCAAACCCAACGGGAGGCAGCAGUGUCAUCGGGCAAGCAGAGCCACGACUUUGAAAGCCGUCCGCGCAAGGAUCGGAAUCGCAAGUACUAUACUGAGGGCGCAUCGGAAGUUGCCCAGCCGGACGGCAGCGAACUAGACGACGUGUACUCAGCCCGCAGCUCGGCGCAGGACUCUGCGGCCACAGCACCCGCCGAGGCAGUCGGCGAAGCAACGAAGAUAGCGAUUGGCAAACGCUUAUUGCGUGGCGAAAUCGGAAUCAAAAGCUUUAAUUACUAUCUGCUCAAGGAGGGCUUGAAGAGCUCAAAAAAACUGGUGGACAAGCCGCGGACAACCGCUGGUGGCGGCGGCGUUGGAGCUCAAGCAGCCAAGGCGGAGAAGCGGCAUUCCCGCAGUGAGGAGAACAUCUACGAGGAGAUCUUUUUUAAGGAAACUCCGAGCACAGUGUCCUCCUCGGUUGCAGGUGCAGUCAGUGGCGUAGCAAUGUCCAUCGCCUCCGGCUUAUCCGACAAGGACGUCCAGCUACCACAUAACAUGGGAACAACGAGCGAGGCAGGUGCUGGAGAUACUUUUGCGGAUUGCGAGAUUAGCAUGGAACAGUGUAGCAAAGACAACUGUGAGUUUUGCGUGACACAACAAGGGGGUCAGCUGGUGGCAGGUGGCAACCUGAAGGGUCAGCCACAGCACCCAGAGGCUUACACCACCCACAGAUCUCAGGAGGACAAUAGUGAGUCUCGGACACCCUCGACUGCGCCGGCCGCGCAUAUCCUGGAAUUUCAGUCUUACAACCCCAACAACCCGGGCGUGUACAAAAUUGAAACAACACCAGUGGCCAUAACCGGCGACUAUAAUCCGAUACUCCAGUUCCAACAGUCCUCAGCGACCACGUCCACCUCGGCGACGACAACUCCCAGCGAGCAGCAACAGCUCCAGCAUCAGAUUUACGGCGGUUACUACCUCCCGCAUCCGCAUCCGCACGCCCACGUCCACCAAAGGCCUUUCCAGACGUCCAUGGUGGGCAAUCCGAUGUCGAGUCACUAUGCCGUGGGCGGUAGCCUGCUUUUGGCUCAGAUGGCCGGCGUUGGGGCUGGGGCUCCACACGGAUCUGCCACACCACCCCGCAAGCUACAGCAGCAACACUACCUUGUGGGCUACCAAAACGGAGGCCCUGGCUCAGGCGUGGCUUCCUUGCAGCGGCUGAACACUAAAUCCUCCUCCUCCAGCGACUCGCUGCCCUACCACAAAUAUAAUACUAUGGCGCGUCUGGAGGCCAAUGUGUUCGCCGCACCGACUACUGGUGACCUCUAUUACGCUGUCAGUGGGGCUCCGCCACUUCACCCACUUAUGUACGCUGCCAGCCGUCCAAUCGGCGGAUCCCAGAUCCUAGUGGACCCCUACGACCCCCAGAUGUAUAAGAGCGACUCCAAAGCUUCUAUCCUCAGCGAGUUCUCGCUCCGCAGCAGUGAUAACUCCCAGCGCUACGCUCGGCAUCCUCACCGGCGGCACGGUGGACGGGUCAGUGACUCGAGCCUCUUUUCGAUGUACUCGAACUCCGGCCAGAGGCGCUAUUACGGGAGCUCUGAGAGCAGGUUUGGCUACGAUUGCAGGCGCUGCAGCUUGGACGGGGUCAUCGGGAUGGGUUCGGGAGCCGGAGCAGGAGCCGGAAUCCCACUAACAGGGUCAGCUGACAAGUGCAGCUACUCGGACAACUGCCGAUACGAGUGCCGCAAUUGUGACUGCUCGUCCAACUACUUCAGUUCCGAUUUCGAUGACGUAUACGGAUCGAUUGCACGUGGCGGGAGCAGCGGCAUUCCUCGCAAAACUGCAGCAGGGACCCUGCCAUCGAGUACUCAGGAUCAGCCCAUAGAGCCAAAAGAAACUGCGGCACCACCAAUGCAGCAGCAGCAGUACACCGCACCGCUGGAUCUUAAGCAGAACAAAUACGCGCAGGAUUUUUUCAAACAUGUGAACGACGUGAAACGCAGUAUUUAUCAGUCAGAAAUGCAGAGGAACAAUAGCUUAGAGUCCUCGCGUCGAGCUCCAAGGCCAGGUGGCACCACCAACAACAAUCAAAAAUCUAGCCCCAAAAGAGCCUCUUCUCAGGAGCCCAGGCCUGAGCCCGUAGUGACAACGCUACCACUGAGCAGGGGACGCCCGGCUGGCGGAGUGAAGCCCACUCCUGCACCCAGAACCAGUCUACAGUCGCAGACCACACUGCCAACUACUUCCGUACCAGGAGACCCUACGCCGAGCAAGCGCAAGAGCCAACCUAGUGGCCGGAGGGAGUAUCCCUCCUUGGACCGACUCGUAGCAUCUUCCACGGGAACAAUUCCCAAGAGACAAAACAGGACAGUUGGGGAGACGGGCGCAUUUAGCCCCAAGCUUGUACCGAAACCCAGGUCCGCAGAUAUGCCCGAUGCUGGCGAAACCGGAAAUCGCGGGGCUAAGCACUUGAUUGUGGCUGUGGAAGAACAGGUGCCGCCUAAGCGACAUCAUCGCACAAGCGGAUAUUCCGGCCCCUCCGCCACCUUCUCCGGCUACCUAUUCGGACCUCCAAGAGCUGAAGGCUAA